AUGCCACAACAGCAGCCCAUGCUCGACGGUACGGCUCAUCUCGUCAGGAGUAAUUCAGUCACUGAGGUUUCCUCUGUCGAAUACCAGUCCCAAAAAGCCAGUCCGCCAGUGGGGCUACGCAAACCCAAGUGUGCUCGGUGUCGCAACCACGGGAGGAUCGCGUGGAUCAAGGGACAUAAACGGUACUGUGCCUAUCGUGAUUGCACCUGUGAGCAGUGCCUCCUGGUGGUGGAACGUCAGCGCGUGAUGGCUGCUCAGGUAGCCCUCAAACGCAGACAGGCUGUGGAGGACGCCCUCGCCAUGGCCUCGCCAACGCAACCGGCAAACCUCGUUCCGUCCUCCAGCGGUGUCGUCGGCUACGAGGAGCCGCAUACCUCAACUAAAUGCCGCUUUUCGGACCGCUUCCCGCCGGAAAAAGCCGGCCUUGCAGAUCUUCUGCCUCGAGAACCCGCCAAAGCAUCUAGCCCCAUCAAACGAGGUAUGAGGCUGUAGCACUCAAGGUCUUAAUAUAUGUCAGACUUUUAACCGGCCAAACCGGAGUAGGUUGAUCAAGUGAUUCAGGGAGCGUAAGUAGGAGUUUACAACCUGGCGACACUUGCAAAUUCUGUGUCGGUAGCAAGGCUCGACCCGACUGUGGGAGCACUCGGAAGACCUUUAAACCGGUGAUAUUAAAGGAACUGUAUGACAAAUAGACAAAAAUGAUUUUCUUAUAGGGAAUUUAUCGUACAGGCAUCUCAGAAAAGGUUAACUGAAAUUCUGAAGUGCGUUCUCGAUUAGAAGAAGUGCCUAAGUAGGGUUGCAAUACUGGUUAAAAUGCUGCAAAAUCUCGUAAUAUUUCAGUUACGCAAGGGUGCCGACUUUUGCGUGAGCUUCUUCCCGGUCGCCUGCAUAAACAAAAAUUGACAAGAAUACUACUUAAUUGGUGUGGACCUCUUCCAUUAAUUUUUGAUGCUCUUACAAGCUCGAAAACACUUCAUGGAAGGCAUGCAACAAGUAUAUUUUCUUGCACUUAUUUGGUAGCAGGGGACAAUUUCUUCAAACUGCAUAGUCAAAGAAAGGAUAUCUGUUGGUCUUAGGAGAGUUUUUCUGUUCCCAGAUAAUCUUGAAUCUGAUCUGCCGUUUCAUUCGCUUUUGUUGUUUACCAGAUACAAGCUGCAUGCUUGCCUUGUAUGGAGAAUAAAAUAUUCCUAAGUAAUAUUAAGAAGAUGUUAUAUGUGACUCUUACAGUCUUGCAGUAUCUGUGGCGAUCUCGUUUGGAUGAACAUUUCACGACACUAAAGAUCACCUAUUUACAAAUUUUUACGACCUAAGUAUGCUCUUUCUUCGAAUAGAAAAUCUGAAGAAGACUUUAUUCGCCACCAAAUGAGGACAAUAAAUAAAUAUUUUGCUCAUGUUUUCCAUAAAAUAUACUUGGAUUUAUAAGGCCAUCUAAAAUCAAUGGAAAAUAUAAUACUUAUUAAGUAGUCGUUUUGCAGGCAGUCGAAAAGAUGCCCCUUCAAACGUCGACAUCUCGACGCGACUGAAAUAUCUUGGAAUUGCGCUACACAGCAAUCAGUCUUGCAACCUCCCUUCCCAAACAAAAAGGCAUUUUGGAUUUUCGGUUAACGUUUCGUGUAUUUGUGUCUGCUACAUAGCAAAUCCCUGAAUUCAUUUACCUCCCUCCUCCCCGCAUCUCCGGGAUUUGUUAGCCCUUGUUCUGUAUUUGAGGCUUUUUACUGGAUAUUUAAUGGUCACGUAGUCUACAGCGACAUGUGAUUCAGUUUAUUCCAGAUGCAAAAUCAUUAAACGAAGUUGUCAGUAUUACUACUAUGAUAAGUAAUAAGAUCCGCAUUUUGUACUAUCAUCAACAUUAGUAGUAAUGAUCUUAUUAGCAGCAUUUAUGGUGAUAGAUGAAGGCGAAUGCUCGAGUUCUAGGUGUAUAUAUAAGUAAAGAAGAAUGAUCGAGCACCGGAACACUUUGUUUAAUGUUCCGAUGCUCAGUCAUUUUUCUUGUUCACUUAUAUUAGUGGUAAUAUAUAGUAGUGACCUGAAUUCCGAUCAUAGCGUCACCAAACAACCUAGGGGGACUUCGAUUGCUCGGCUAAGUACGUCUCUACCCAGCUCACUGCUUCCAUACAUCUUCCCUCCUACGCCAUCUAGUUGGAGUUGAGCUUCAGCUUUUAAGUCAAUGUCUCUAAUUCUUCUGUUACCUUUCUCUGAAAGAGCAGGAGUCUUGGAGAUCGACGGCUCUAGCCGUUGCAGCCUUAUCUUUGCCACCGGCCAGUGUCACCGACAGAGACUGGAACGCUGGAAAAGAUAUUUCUGGGCGUGACUUAAUAGAGAGCCCCAGGGCACACCGGGACGAGUGAGUUCCGUACCGCGACUGGUGUGCGUCACUCCACUAUUGCCAACGUACCCGAUCGCCAGGUCGCGUGUGUGGCACGUGUAGACGGGUUGUUUAGCUUUGUUGGUCCCCACGCCCGUACCUAUGUGCCUCCGGUCGUCUUUGUGUUGACUUCUCGCUGGAUCCGAGUGGGUGAACGGAGGAGAGAGUGAGAUAGGCGCUUUGAAAGUCUGAUCCAGUAUAAACUGACUUACGCGCAAGUCACCGGUGCUACGUUCACUCCAUGUAGGACAAGAGAUAAAGGUCGUCGCUGGCAACGGCUGAACUGUCUAUUUCCUCCCUACUCUUGCCCCUUCCCCUGGUAGACGAUUCACCAACACUGCAGUCCAUAUGGCGGGACACGACUGGCAUCACAUUCGCCAGGACACGCGGACUGGAAAGUGCACUCCAGCUGUUGACACAGGACUCCUCGAGGACAGCGACCACCGAUUCCCUGCUCUCCACCACUGGCAGUAUCUCACCCUUUGAGUGCAGUAAGGAGACCGAGUGUCCCAGCGUCGAGGAGACCGCCAGACAGACUGCCGCUGCCGCCGUACGACUGAGCGGCGGUGAGGAGGUGAAAUCAGCGCAGUGCUGGGCAGCCUACCCCUGGGAGGCCCACUCGUGGCCCCAAACCUCGCAACUUCUUUCCGCCCUGUUUCUCAGCCUUCCGCCCCCGCCGGGCGCGUUCCUGCAUCGUCAGCCGAUGGCACAUCUCUGGUCGCAGCUGCCUCCGACCAGGCUGGAGGAAGAGGCGGCGCUGCAGGUGCAGCCGCUCUUUCCGUCGGCAGCGGCGGCGGACACCGAAUUGUCACAACUUCUCUUCUUGCCGUCUGUGCACCAUCACCAUCAACAACAGGCAAAAUUUAGGCAGUCUUUCGGCUGA